AUGUUCAAACAGCCUUUUUACUUUUCUCUCGCGGCAACUUUUGCCUGCAUAGCAUAUUUAUAUGCCGGAACGUCACCACAGGGCGAAGAAAAUCACGUCGCUAAAAAGAUUGGAGAAUGGCGUGGAAAGAAUGACACUGUCUUGUUUGUCACAAAUAGUGAGCAUGGAUUCGCAAAUGUCUUUUUGGCAACUAGUCACGCUUUACUCACGGAAUACAAUGAUCUCGACAUCCAUUUCGCCACGUUUGGAAAACUAAAAGAUGACAUUACUAUGAUCUCUAAUUUCGCACUAAACACGGGAAGUCCAUCAUACAAGAAAUCUUUGAACGGUGGUGGCUUCAAAGUUGAUUCGGCGAUCAACUCACCUUCACUCGCCGAUUUUAACAGAUUUUGCAGUAAUUUGGAAAAAAUGGUGAUGCCCUGGACAGCUCCCGACUAUCUUGAUAUCUACAAAGAGAUCUCUGAUAUAUUGGAGACUGUAGAUCCGAGUAUUGUGGCUGUAGACCCAGUGUUUGGUCCUGGCGUUGAUGCUGUGAGAGCCCAGGGACGUAAUCAUGUUAUUAUCUCACCAAAUACUCUGAAAGAUAGUUUUGCAAAGUAUCAACCUUGGGGAGCUGUACUUUGGAAGUAUCCAGUUUUAAGUUCCGCAUUCCCAUAUCCAGUGCCCUGGCACCUCAUCCCUUCAAACAUAUACAGGAACUUGCGUCUCGCAUACAGCGUGCUAUUCGCUCCAACUACUUCUUCCAAGCGCGCAUAUCUCAAAGAAAAUGGAAUUGCAAAACCCAUGGAUUUUUUCACCGUCUAUCACAAGGACUAUCCAUGGAUAUCUCAAAGUUCUCAAGAACUCGAAUAUCCUCUCGACAUCAUUCCUGAGAAUGUAGUCCAAUGCGGGCCUAUUUUUCUUUCGACAGCAACAGCCGCAGAACAAGAUCCAGAAUUAUCUGAAUGGCUUGAUAAUUCUCCAACAGUAUUGAUAAAUCUAGGAAGUGUGGUAGACUACGACCUUAGGGCUAGUUUGGAUGUACAAAUCCGCGCUGGAUCCACUGAAUAUUCCGCUCUUUUUGAAAACGGAUUUUGAAUUCAUGUUUGAAUGUCAAAUCGCGGAUUUUGUCAAAUAAUCUGUAUUUCAAUAAAUUUAGUAUAUUUCG